UGCACUUCAACGACCAUGGCUCCCCCAGCCCACCUGGUCGGCCUUUGCCUGCUGCUAGUUGGCCUCCUGCCUUCCCUGCACGCCUGCCCCCAGAACUGCCACUGCCAUGGCGGGGACCUACAACAUGUCAUCUGUGACAACGUGGGGCUGCGCAAGAUCCCCAAGGUGUCUGAGAAGACUCGGCUGCUCAACUUGCAGCGCAACAACUUCCCGGUGCUGGCGGCUAACUCCUUCAAAUCCACCCCGGCCCUGGUCUCUCUGCAUCUCCAGCACUGCCAGGUGCGCGAAGUGGCUGCCGGCGCUUUCCGAGGCCUCAAACAGCUCAUCUACCUGUACCUGUCCAACAAUGACAUUCGGGUGUUGCGCAACGGCGCCUUCGACGACCUCACGGAGCUCACCUACCUCUACCUGGACCACAACAAGGUGAGCGAACUGCCUCGGGGAUUGCUCUCCCCUCUUGUCAACCUCUUCAUCCUUCAACUGAGCAGCAACAAGAUCCGAGAGCUGCGCCCAGGAGCCUUCCAGGGAGCCAAGGACCUGCGCUGGCUCUACCUGUCGGACAAUGCCCUAAACACCGUGCAGCCUGGAGCCCUGGACGAUGUGGAGAACCUUGCGAAAUUCCACCUGGACAAGAAUCAGUUGUCCACAUACCCCAUUGUUGCCCUGAGCAAGCUGAGAGUGGUGGAGGAAUUAAAAUUGUCUCACAACCCACUUAAGGUAAUCCCAGACCAAGCCUUCCAGUCUUUUGGACGAUACCUGGAGACCCUCAUCCUGGACAACAUGAACCUGGAGAAGUUCUCCGACGGUGCUUUCUUGGGUGUGACCACCCUAAAGCAUGUCCACCUGGAGAACAACCGGUUGAGCCAGCUGCCCUCUAAUUUCCCUUUUGAUGGUUUGGAGACACUGACCCUGACCAACAAUCCCUGGAAGUGCACCUGCCAGCUCCACGGCCUUAGAAGGUGGCUGGAGGCCAAGGCUUCACGCCCUGAUGCGACAUGUGCAUCUCCCACUAAGUUCCGAGGUCAGCACAUCCGGGAGACAGCAGCCUUCCGAGGCUGCAAAUUCCCAACCAAGCGAUCUAAGAAAGCCAGCCGCCAUUAA